AUGUAUUUCAGUCAUGCAAACCAGGAAGUACGGAUUGGUGUACUUUUAUUUCUUAUGCACUACCAGUACGUUUACCGUGAAGAGAAGAUGAAUAUAUUGGUAUCAUGUGUGUGUUUUAUUCUAAUUUGUACUACAUCAACAAAAGGAACACCAACUUUAGAUUUGGGAACAGGGAACACAGUAGUACCAGAUAAUGGUAGGCAAAUUUUAGGAACUGCAACUACCUGCUUCAGCUCCACCCCUACAUUUAUAUGGGAAUUAGUGUCAGAAGAUGGACGUUCUUCCCUCUCACAGCUCCAAGGAGGACCAGUCGCUGCAGUAGGUGGUGGAAGUUGUGGCGGUGGUAGUAGUUUGUACGCUGGAUCUGUGACUGUUUCUUAUAGUAAGGCCGAGUUUGUAGCAGUGUUUGGACAGACAGUGCGGGUACGUCUCACGAUCAACAACAAUACCGGGAUUUCUACCACCUCUACUGGGACUCUGUCAUUUAUAGUUUACUACAAUUUGACUGGGUCUUCCCCAGCUGCUACACUGGGACAGCAGUUCACAUGGACUUGUCAUAGAAAGCCUAAUCCAAACGAUACUGCUCCUGGUGUUAAAUUCUUCAGAAAUGAGAAAGAUGUUGGUGGAGCUGCAGAGAUAUCAGGAUGUCAAUUGGCAGCUACUAAUACCAGAUACAGUGUUGGUUGUAUCUCAGAGACAGAGUACACUCUUACCAUUCCAAGUCAAAAUAUGGCAGAGUACGAACAAAACUCGCUGUGGAGGUGUGGAUACUAUGAUAGACUAACAGCUUACAGCAGUGUACAGAAACGUCUCAUAAUAGCAAUUGAUGUCAGCAGUGUGACUCUGGAGCCCCGUGACAAUCCUAUUACCCUGACGGAGGGAUCAGAACGUGAAGUCCAGUGUACUGUCAACUCCAACGCCUUCCCUACACCAAAGUAUGCCUGGUUUAUUGACACGAGAGAUAUAACCAGCACAGCGGGAUCAGAUACUUCUUCCGUCAUCAUCACAGGAAUUAAGGCAGACAAUAGGAAGGUACUCCGAUGUCAGGCGACCAAUAAUAACAGAUCAAAGAACGGCAGUACUGUCCUCAAUAUUACAUGUAGGUAUUGUGAAUACAGUGAAUUACUGCAUUAA